GAAUGAAUGGUUGACAGGCGAUGGAUAAAAAGAAGUGGAAGAAAGAUGUGCGAUUACCACUUCGAUUAAAGAGUAAGGUACUUUCUACUUGAACUUCUAAGGUAAUGCCAAUUUGCUUAAGGGAGGUUCUUACUUGACUUAGGUGUGAAGAUACCAGUACAUACAAAGAUAGAGGUAGCUUAGCUCCUUCGACGAGUUGGCUAGACUCUUAUCGAAAUUGCGUAUAUAAAGAAAAAGAGAUUCUGAAUGAAUUGCGCGGUAAAUGUUUUUGACUGAACCUCCCGUUGUUCUCUCUCCGAUAGCACGCAGCCGAUAAGAGAGACAGAUAGAAAGUGUGCAGUGAAGGAUGUUUCGUUGUAACCAGUCUUUCUUGGAAAAAGGGCUCAAACAAUGCCUGUCCCAUGCGUUGUUGGUCAACAACCAACCACCUAUACAGACUUUAACCACCAUUUCUAGAGGCUUGACGGAGUUCAGCUGUCUGGAGGGAAGAAUUCAAAAUCAAAACGUUCUUAUGCCUCAACUGGAUCAAUUUACUUAUUUCACACAAUUCUUCUGGUCAUGCCUUUUCUUCUUGACUUUCUAUAUUCUAAUAUGCAAUGAUAGAGAUGGAGUACUUGGGAUCAGCAGAAUUCUAAAACUACGAAAUCAACUGCUUUCACACCGGGGGAACAACAUCCAAAGCAAGGACCCAAACAGUUUGCAAGAUAUCUUGAGAAAGGGUUUUAACACAGGUGUAUCCUAUAUGUACUCUAGUUUAUUCGAAGUAUCCCAAUGGUGUAAGGCCGUCGACUUAUUUGGAAAAAGGAAGAAAAUCACUUUGAUCUCUUGUUUCGGAGAAAUAAGUGGCUCACGAGGAAUGGAAAGAAACAUAUUCUAUUUGAUCUCGAAGUCUUCAUAUAGCACUUCUUCCAAUCCUGGAUGGGUGAUCACUUGUAAGAAUGACAUAAUGCUAAUCCAUGUUCUACACGGCCAAGAAAGUGGGAAAAUAGAAAGAUGUUAAUAACCAUCAUAGUAGGCAUUUUGCUCUUAGUUGUUAUUUAUUUUCAAUAUUAUCACCUUACAACCCAAAAGAAGACAGGAAUUUUGUGGUUUGUAAACGAUCUGAUAGGUUCCCCCUCAUUCUUCCUUUUCUUUCUCUUACUACUAGUAUAUAAUGUGGACGUGGCUUGGGCAAAUAGCGCAGGGGUCCCUUAUGACCCCGUGAGUGCGAGGGAGUGGCUCGAACAAACCCGGAUCAAUGCUAAUCAGUUAG